GAGGAGGGGAGAGGGAGGGGAUCAGCUCGGUCGCUUUGAUCGCUCGGGCUCUCCGUAGCUGGCUGACAAUUUGGGGGCAUUUUGGGUUUAUCAUUUCACCCCCUCAGUGCUGGAGCGGGCGGUGCCGGGUGUACACCCCAUUCUGCUGAGAGGACCCGCGGGAGGCCGGGAGAAGCCUCCUCCCCGCGGCUGGCAGAGGAGACGGAGCGCCCGGCGGGGAGAUGAGCCCGGCCCGGGGAAGAGCGCACAGCAGCGGCGAGCCGAGGUGAGGUGGCCGGGCUGAUGGCUGCGGGGAGCAGGUGACAGACGGGAGCCGGGGACUUGUACCUUUUCCGGACGGUGCUGGACUCCCACCCCUUGGGGGCACAUGCUGUCCUGCCUGCCCACCACCACUCCAGAAGAUGACCAGACUGCUGUUGGGAGUCACUCUAGAGAGGAUCUGUAAGGCCGUCCUCCUCCUCUGCCUGGUGCAUUUUGUAAUCAUCAUGAUCCUCUACUUCGACGUCUAUGCUCAGCGCUUGGACUUCUUUAAUCGGUUCAAUGUUAGGAACUCUUCUCGGGUGCAUCCUUACUACAACUUCUCACGGCCCAAUGGCACCGUCCACAGCUAUGCUGCGGCCACUUCCGGGGGAGAAGCGUUUACACCAAGUGCCAAACUGGAAUCCAAUCAGACGGUCACCGAGAAGCCUCUUCUACCCUGUCCAGACUCCCCACCUGGCCUGGUUGGCCGCCUGCUGAUCGAGUUCAGUACCCCCAUGAGCAUGGAGCGAGUGCAGCGAGAGAACCCUGACGUGACGGAUGGUGGAAAAUACACUCCGAGUGACUGCCAACCAAAAGAGAGAGUGGCUAUUAUAAUCCCAUUCCGACACCGUGAACACCACCUAAAAUACUGGCUGCAUUAUCUACACCCCAUUCUGAGGCGCCAGAAGGUGGGGUACGGGAUUUACAUCAUCAAUCAGUUCGGCGAGGAGACAUUUAAUCGGGCCAAGCUGCUGAAUGUAGGGUUCCUGGAGGCACUAAAAGACGCAGAGUAUGACUGUUUUAUAUUUAGUGACGUGGAUCUUAUCCCCAUGGACGACCGGAACCUCUACCACUGCUACGAGCAACCCCGACACUUCGCUAUCGCCAUGGACAAGUUUGGGUUCCGGCUGCCGUAUGCCGGAUACUUUGGAGGUGUGUCUGGGCUGAGCAAAGUCCAGUUCUUGAAGAUAAAUGGUUUCCCCAAUGAGUACUGGGGCUGGGGAGGAGAAGACGACGAUAUUUACAACAGAAUUACAUUAAAUGGAAUGAAGGUUUCCAGACCUGACAUCCGUAUUGGUCGUUACCGGAUGAUCAAACAUGAACGAGAUAAGCACAAUGAACCCAAUCCUCAACGAUUCACAAAGAUCCAGAACACGAAGGUUUCCAUGAAGAGGGACGGCAUCCACUCACUGCACUAUCACGUCGUCCACUCUGCCAAAUACCCCAUGUACACCAACAUCACAGUGGACAUCGGGAAGCCCCCGCCUCGGCCAGCCCGAGGAUAAAGCUGAUUCAUUGACUGGCACUUUACCCGACCCACAUCCUCAGAGGCGUCUGUGGGGUUUUCUAAGCAUAAAUAAACUUGACACCGAUUCGUACAACCCCCACCGGUUGCGUUUUCUGGCGGUUCUAAUCGCGGGGGAGCCAGCAUCUUGUCUGGUUUCACCAACCAACAACUAAAAAAAAAAUUAAAAAAAAUGCCAUUAUGUUGCUGGAAAUUGUCCUCAGGAGCUCAUGGCGGUUUCCUGCUGAGGAAAGGUGAUCUACUGGGAUCUACUGUGAUCUGCUGGCCAUUGUUUGCCAUGCACAGAGGCAGACUACACUGGAGACAAUUCCUGACUUUCCGUUUCUGAAACUACCGUACAAUAACGUGAGGUUUUUUUCUUCUCUCCGUCUUUUUUCACACAUGAUAGGGUUUGAUCCAGGAACUUUUUCGUUUUGUGUUUUUGCUUUUUUUUCUAGGGCCUCUGGGGUGGGGGUGGGGUGGGAUGCACUCGCUGGCGAUGUAGAAUGUUCAGGCUCAGCCCACCAGCACCACUGGAGAAUAGUAUUCUACAAGCUGGUGCAUUACAAGUAAUAAAUAAACUCACUGUAAUCUGCCGCGGGUCUCCGAGCAGAUUAAACGUUUAUGCCUUGCAUGUCUGGGGAUGGAAAGGUUAAUUACCACUUUCUAUAGUAUAUACAUAUUAUUAUCCAGAGUGAUUUGUAACUGUAACGGCGGGAUACUAUUUUUACGGGUUUUGUUUUUUUUCUUUAAUCAUGUUUCCCAAAAUGAUUCCGUACACAACGAUGGACUGGGGGACAAUUAUUCUGCAGGACACAAGGAAAAAAAAUGCCUUAUGCAAAAUGACAUCAUUAAUGGUGUUCUGAUAUGGGAGUAUAGUAUUGUACAUGGCAGCCACCAUCAUAGUUUGCAGGGUGCAGAGAAUGCAGAUCCUUUAAUUACAGGGUCAGCGCAGCUGGAAAAGUUGUAUCUGGAGAUUAUAUUUCCUGUGUGCGUAAGAAUCUCCAUACAGGGUACUUUCCAAGGUUGGAGCAAGCAGAAAGUGAGGAUCAAUUAGAGGUAAACUGAAUGCACAAGGAAGAAAAUGUAUAGAGAAUGUGUAGUUUAUCUGCCACAUUCUGCAUUUAUAGUAAACCCACCCCCACCCCCAUGUAUUUUCUGUUCUAAUCCAUGUUACCCACUGUUACUAUCUAAUUUACUAUGGCUGUAAGAUACGUAUAAUUCUUUUCUCCACAUCCCGCUAAUGUGUGAUAUUACAUUUUCUUUUCUCCCCGUAACAUGCAGCCAGCUGGGGAAAGUGGUUUGGAUACAGCAGAUCAGGAACGUGCAGAGGAAACCUUUCUGCAGUACCUCUCCUGCAAUCUCACAGUCUGAGAAAUCAGGGUUGUAGUGCUUAAGACCCUGGUAGUGAGACGAUCACGCACGUUUCACCUGGUGGAGGUCGGAUUUCUGUCACUGGAGAAGGAUAUUGUGGUUUUUCAGCAUAGGGAAGCGGAACAUUAACCAAGAACUGCAUGUGAUUCCCUUUUCCAAACAGAGCGCGGACCCUGCAUGUAAGUUAUACACACAUCCGCUAGGUGGAAACUGGGCCUUAUAUCAGUAUCCGUAUGUGGGCCAUGUCUGAGCGGGACACGUAAUGUAGGUGGGUGGCUACUGGAGAUUCGUUACUUCAUCUCGGAGAAUGAGCAAAGAUGGAGGCACUUAGGGAGCAGAGUGCACUAUUGGACUAUUUACAGUACUUGAGUGGAAAUAAAGGUGACAGCAUAGGCUGGGGAUGACAACCAUGAAAUUAUUCUUUUCAUGCAGCAAUUCUAGGUCUGUAGAUCCUAAUUCAUGAAAUCACAACAUUAUUUUGCCUUUUAUUGGCUGUAAGGAAUCAUGUGAUAACAACACAGCCAAUAGGACGAUGUUUAGAUCAGAUUCAGAGAGCAGGAAUCUCUAUCAUAUUAAAGUGUCAUUAAAAUGUCACAAACCGUCCACCCCAAUGCUCCUACAUUGUCUAAGUGUAUAGACAGUCUUGCCUGAGGGCAUGUUAUACACAUAUACACAUCUUAUACACUUAUAGGAGUUCUCGAGAGGCCUAUACAUCAGGGGUGAAAAUUCCCCGUCCUCCCAAUGUCUGCAUUAGGGAAUCGCGGCUCUGAUGUAUGGCCGCAUGAGUUUGGGAGCAAAGCAAAAAAGCGAGUAACUUUGCACUUGGGCAAAACCAUUCUGCAUUGCAGGUGGGGCAGAUGUAACAUGUGCAGAGAGCCUUUGAAGUGAGAGGGGCGUGUCCAAACUCAAAUCUAAAUUGCUGUGUCAGUAUAAACCUGUCCAGCAUUUGUGGGCUACAUGCAACAGCAGCCAGUAUUUAUACUGCAUGCAAAAUAAUAAAUGUGUUUGCUCCACUUGCAUCGCAGCACAGUUUGUCCAGGUGCAGUUAUUUCCUUUAUUUAUUUAUUUUCUUUGCUCCCAACUGAGGAACAGAUGUAUUAAGCCUGGAGAAGUGAUAAAGUGGAAGGCGAUAACGCACCAGCCAAUCUGCUCCUGUCAGUUUUCAAACCCAGCCUUUAACUUGACCGGAGCUGAUUGGCUGGUGCUUUAUCGCCUUCCACUUUAUCACUUCUCCAGGCUUAAUACAUCUGCCCCUAAGUCUCAUAGAAUUCCAGCUGCUGUAUACAGUGGCUGAAUAUUCUAGAACGUACCUCUAUCCAAAGUGGUUGCCCAGACGCCACAGCCGAGGCCAUUCAAUCUUCUGGCCUUUGCACAUAAAAGGUAUACAAGGUUAGAUAUUAUAGGACAUCAUUUGACAUUGGGAGUGUAUAGUUAUAACACCCCUCGUUGUGGUUGUAUUUGGCAUUCCAUGUUAAUUAGCCACAUAAUGAGCUCUCCUAAACAAUGGUUGAACUGGAAUAAGCUCCUUCAUUAAGUACAUUUUGGUGCCAAGUCCCUGUUACAUACACCCUGCAGACUCCUAGAAUUGCUGAUGAGUCCUCAGAUGGUUCAGUCAGAGAAUUUAUAUAGAGCAGGCCGCGGGAGAGGCUGCGCCACGGCGUGAGGCGGAAUCUGGAAUCCUUUAUAUGUUAAUGUGAGUUGAGGGGCGGGGCGGAGAGUCUGUCCACUUUGGAUGUUUCUUGUAAUUAUUUUUCUAUAACUGUGUGAAGGGGUUUGAAGACAAUAUUAUUAUGGCCUCAGCCUUUACAGAUUUCAUAAAAUAAUCAUUUAAAAGCA